AGUUUCUGGUUGUACUCGGCACGGCGAGUCGGUAAUUCGGCAGCACUCGGCUUAGUCAGUGUUCGCGCGUUCGCCUGCGCGUUAAGACGUACGGUCAUGAGAGAAUCGGGUGGCAGGAUGGCAGAGCUCGAAUUCGAAGCGCCGCUGGCGCAAAUAGAAGAAGCGGAUGAUUGCCUCUCGACAACCGACUUUCCCCAGAAGACGAUCAACGGCAAUGACAUCCUUAACAACAUAAACAAUCUGAAAUGUGAAAUGAUCAAAACUAAAACUGAUUCCAACAAAAUAAAUGACAACGAAGAACCUAGACUGGUGAAGUGUAACCAGGACAACAUGCAGAACGGCGAAGGGGAUAAUUUCACUGAGACUUUCUCCGGUUCUCUUGAAGAUUUGGUGAACACCUUCGAUGAGAAAAUCACGAAAUGUUUCGGUAACUACGAGGAGAACGUCGAGAAGCUGGCGCCAGUGCAGGUUCGCUCGCAGGAGGAAAUCAUGAACGAAUGCCAAAUGUGGUGGACAAUCACUGGCAACUUCGGGAACAUCUUACCUAUUGACUGGACCAAAUCUUUCUCGAGGAAGAUGCAUAUUCCUACAUUAAAUUUGAGUGAUACAAAGAUUUCGUUGACUCCGGAUGACGAGAUCCACAGCUCAGAAGACGAGGCUGUCGCCUCAGACUUGGACAUGCACGCCCUUAUCCUGGGCGGCCUUCAUCAGGACCACGAGUGCCCUGUCAAGACUGCUGACGAAGUGAUUCAAGAAAUAGACGAUAUGAUGCAAGACACUCCGUCGUCGGAGGGUGAAUACAUAGAGUACAACGAGGCACUCGAGAAAGGCAAGGAGGUGCUCAACUCCCCCCUCUAUGAAGACAAGCUGCGCGCAUUAUCUUUAGCUCAAUUAAACGAGAUCUUCAUGGAACUGGAGGUGCUGAUCCGGGAAUUCUCCGAGACCUUGAUAGCGGAACUCGCUCUGCGGGACGAACUCGAGUACGAGAAGGAAAUGAAAAACACUUUCAUAUCACUCCUGCUGGCCGUGCAGAACAAACGCAGGCAGCAUUACGUCGAGAAGAAGAAGAGGCCAGGGGCGCCACGCUCGCCGAACCUCACCAGCAACAGCUCCAAGCCGAAGUACUUGACCACCGUCAUACCAUUCCACUUGGAUAACGGACCACCGGACAACCAAUCACUUCAAGUACUCAUCAAAAUACUGAAAGCUAUAAACGAAGACAGCCCCACCGUGCCUACUCUACUCACAGACUACAUCCUGAAGGUGUUGUGUCCAACAUAAGCGAAUAACCAACAUAGUUAAGUACACGCAUCCAACAUUUCAACGUUCGCACAUUAUAUCACUAAACGAAAUUUAAAUAUAUUUAAAAAAAUAUUUUUUUUUUUUUUUAGAUCAUAAUAUCAUAGAAUUUUCACGUAAAAUAUUUGAAAGCACAUAUAAAAAAAAAUUGUAUUCGUAGUACGUAAAUUCGUUGUAUGUCAACGUGGCGACAUCAUAACGAUUAUAAAAAAUAUAUAUAUACAUACCUGAAGUUUGCGUAAUUUUUUUGCUAACAAGCAAUUUGCGACUUUAACUUCUACGAGUUACAGGUUAAAUUGGUUUCCGUGGAAAAUUCGAGCGUAAAACUCGGAAGUCCUAAAUUAAGUAUGUUGGAAAAGGUUGUUUAUCUUGAAACAUUUAAGUCGAAAUUGCCAUAACAUGUAUUUUUUUGUUUUGUUUUUAUUAUCCUAAACGAAAAAUAGAAUUUUAUUGUAUUCAAGAGUUAAAUAUUAAUUUGUUUUUGCAUAAAUGAACUGUGAUAUCAUUACGGUAGUUUAAUUAAAGCUCCAUUAAUUUUUCAAUAUUUUUAUUCUUAACUAUUAUUAUCAUUCGUUUUUUUUUUUUUCGUUCGUUGUAAGGACGUAAUUUAUUAUUGCAUAGCUAUUUUCUUAUAUGGGCUUGUUCGCGAAUGUGAAAUUGUAAAUAUUUUUUAAAAUUUUUAAUCUCAAUAUGGAAUUGUUUUGUAAUUUCUUAUCAAUCACUAAGGCGAGCACUGUAAAUAUAAUCAGCUUAUAGUAAAUUCCAGAUUGUACCUAAAACAAUAUCGUUGGCCAGUACAAACAGACGCCAUUUUAAAUACGUCUGGAAAUUUCUUAGCUAUUUUUUGUUUUAAAACAUCGAAUGAAUUUCAGUUAUAUUCUAUUAGUUUAUAGUAAUUUCAAAACAAACAAUUUUGAAACGAUAUUCGUUUUAAAUUUAUGUAUCUAGUCUCGUGAUGUCUUAGUCAUAAUUUUGUUAAUGUGUAACGAAAGUAAUAAUAAAGAGAAAAUUGAAAAAAAAAUAAAAAUAAAAAAAGAAAUUAUUUUUUAACGUUAAAGAAUAGAUUAUGAAAUUUGACUAUUUAUUUUGCAUCGCCAUUUUAGCACGCAAUUAAAAAUCUAUUUGAGAUUUUCAAAUUUCGAACGGUCGAAGGCUUCAUUAAAGAUUGACUAUAAUUCUAAAAGCCCGUGGCAAAAAGUUUGAGGGCCAGGGAAAACGUGUAAUAUUAUACUUUCCCUGGCUACAGAGUUCUGGAAUCGCGAUGUCAAAAUACAGUCCUUAUUAUAGUUUAAGUUUAACUCGCGGGACGCUAUGAAGCUUCUAGCACAUUUAAUAGUUUAAUAAUGUCCAACUCAAGACAAGAUGAUUACGAUCAGGUUCCGUAUAAUGUUACUACUGUCAAAAUGCCAUUUCGACUUCCAUUGUGUGAAUAUGAAUAAAAUAAUAUGUUAUUAAUGUUUCCAAAUUUUGACUAAAACAAACUGUCACUGUCAAAAUCAACUAACGUCAAAGAAGUUUAAUCGAAAACUUCAAAAAAUAUAUAUUUUGUUCGAUGAAAAGCUACGUAACAAAAUCGCACAGAUGACGAUAGAUUUGUAUGGACGAAUUAGAUGGUCGAGUCAUAAUCAUGAAUUAUAGUGAAAUUACACAUUAAGUGAAGAAGAAUGUAUUUGCGCUACCGCUUAGCAAUAAGUCUCUUUGUGAAGAUGGUACCUGGUUGAAAUAAAAGAGCUUGGAUGAUAGUA